AUGUCGACAACGAAUGUACCCCACCCACAAACCUACACUCUAGCAGUCCUUGAGCUCCAGUCGCCACCCACACCACCCAGCACUGGCACCGGAACCGAUACAAGCCCAGUCGUCAUAGUCACGACGACCCACAAAGACGCCAACACCAUCCUUCUCGACUACCCCCCAGGAGCCUACACCGCCAUGCGAACCUUCUCCUGCCUCGGGAUCAUGGACUUCUCGGGCCACGUCACUCGUAUUGCCAACUCGCUCUCUCAAAUCCAUUUCCCGGAAUCUGAUAGGAUUACGGCGGGGGAGGAUGUGGACGUAGAGAGUGAGGAGUUGGAUGUUAAGGAGGGAUUGGCGUCGUUUCGGGAUCCGGGGAGCCUUAAGGUUGUGGUGGCGGAUGUUGUCAGGAAGGCUUUGAGGGCUUACUUUGCGGUGAAGGAGAAUGGGGAGGCGGGUUCGGAGGCAAAGGUUACUGUCCUUUGUACCUGGAACGUCAAGGGACAUGUACCGGCAUUGUUGGCUCAUGCUGAGCCAUUAAAGGUCCCAAAGGAACGACGCUGCAAGGUCAAAGUCCACGGAUCACCUCGCCAUCACGCCACCGCCAAAGAUUCUCAAUGGGUGCGCGAUAGAGCAGCCCUGGAGGCAACUUUAUCCAAGGACACGAACGAGGGCCUCCUUCUCGAUGAAGCAUCCCAAAACCUCUACGAAGGUCUAUCCUCAAACUUUUACGCGUUCGACCGCAAAUCACAGUCGGUCGUGACAGCACCUCUGGACAGCGUCCUUCAAGGGACAAUCCUCAAGGUUGUCCUGGCUGUGUGCGAAAAACAAAAGAUCCCUGUCCAGUUCAAGUUCCCUAACCUUAGGGAUAUCGACCAUUGGGAGGGCGCUUUCAUCACCAGUACCUCGAGGCUGGUGCUGCCCAUUGAGACCAUUAUAUUGCCAGAUGGGUCCGAGAAAAAGUUUGGCGAGAGUCCAGCCAUAGAACUGAUCCGCUUUCACGUCCUCCAGGAGUGCCAAAGACGUGUAGAAGCUCUCUUGACGGCGCAAGACUUGGAAUAA